GAGGGUAGUUAACCCCUCAGGCACCUAUCAACGGCUAUUUGAAUGUUUAAUGCAACAGAAUUUAAAUAGUGUCGUCUAGCCACUUUUUGUCAUUUGGGAUUGUAAUGAGGAUUUGAAGAGCUUGGGUGGUGCGCAGGUGUGCUGGAUCACUGAAAAAUCGACCAUGAUCGUUGACUUGAGAUUUUUACCUUCGACGAUAUUGUUUCUAUCGUUUUGCGGAUCGGUGCUUCCUUUUGAUCAGAGAAACGAUGCUAUGACGGAAGAAGUCAUCUCUGCUUUAGAAAGAGUACUAGACUUUUAUGAACGAGAAUACAAGAGUAUCAAUUUGGAUGGAAUCUUUGGCCUUCGAGUAGCGGAAGGAGCUCUCCUAUCAAUUAUUAAGGAUGUGCAGGAUGGCCAACUAAGAGUUGAGGACAAUGUGCUGAAUCGAGUGAAAGACCUAUACAAUAAAGCAUCUCAAAUAGCUGGUCUUGCUCUGCCAUAUUUGCAACGCACAGCACCUGAAUACUUUGAGAAAUUUAGGAAACAAGUUGCAGAUCCAUGGUUGAACUUUAAACCAUUCACAAACAAAAAGCUGAUGAAAAAAGAAUAUAAUUCAGAGAUUAGAAGGACUGCUAUUAACUUUGACGAGAGUACCAGUGAUCAGUGUAUGAGUGGAUUGACUGGUACAGGAUCGGAUGGUAAUCAACCAUGUCAAAUCUCUGACAAGUGUUGGGAACUGAUAAGUGCAGAUGGAACACAGGGCUAUGCCUUGACACAUCAAGCUCUGUUUUUUCAGCUGGGAGAAGUUCAAGGUUGUACACCAGUAUUACUGAAACGUCUUGAACAAUCCAACAUAAAAGGAGGGCUAGAGGGAAUUUACAAUCGAAUCUGUUCAAACAUGUACCCUGAGAUGUUGGCAAUUGAGCAGAAAAGAACAUUAGAAAAGAAUAAUUAUCAUAGGGACUUGUUCAUGGAACAAGCCAUGGUGUGUGGUUCUAUGGGUUACGGUGAUUUUCUUUCGGCUGAAUGGCUGAAGAAGAUUCUCAGUUGGCAGAGGCAAGAUGGAUGUUUUGGUCAGAUGAAAAGGGAUCUAGACGAGGAUGAAACUGAGCAGUUUUCCGAGGGUGAAUUAAAUAAACAAGCAAAUAGGCAAAGUAACUCUGAGGGGUAUACCCACAUGAAUGGUGGUUCAGAGGAAAGUAACAUAUCUCCAUUUGGGAAUUUCAAGAAGAGCCUUGAGUAAGAGUACUCACAGUUACGAAGAAAGCCUUUAAGUAUGAGGACAAUGCGGUCAUUGUUGGUAGAGAAGGAACUUAGAGAUGGUUGUUUUUCUCAUCUUACUGGUGUUGCAGUGGGCUUACUGGGUGUGUACUUGCGCUGGGUGCUGUACUCUCCACAAAAACUAGU